GCUGCACGUGCAUCAGAGCGGGUACACGUGGUGUGGUCGCGCGCAAUUCAUGAAAUUAACCGGAGCACAAUGAGUCGUUACCGGGAAUGGUACCCUAAUCUGUCUGUGAUAACGCGGGUUUGCUCCAGUUCCUCAGAUUCGAGUGGCUCUACUGUAGUGAGGGAGGUGUGGCAUGCUGACCGCUCUUUCACAGGUCAGGAUGGCCACUUGGUGGGUGUUCGUCAAAGUUGGGGUUCCGUUAAGGCUAAUCUACACAAUGGUCCGGCUCGCUUGCUGCAUGGUUCUGGAGCUCGAGGCCGUUGUGGGUCUGGACCCCGCGGCAGGAUGCAGAACAGCAGUAUGGAUGUCUCUUUGAUGAACGGUCAGUUUGGGACAGCCAAACAAAGAUUUAUUCCAUAUAGACGUCCCAGUUGGAGAGGAGAAGGGCAGGUGGAGAUGAUUGGAGAGGGAAACAAACAACGAUUCAGAGUAGGAGAUGAAAAGAAAGGAGGAAAACAAUGGUUCAAGAUGACAAUUCCACAUGGAAAAAAGUAUGAUAAGAGAUGGCUGCUAACAUCCCUACAGAAUCUCUGUCCCAUAGCGUUCACCCCACUACACUACACCACAGAAGGAGAUAAAGUUCAUUUCUAUCUGGAGGACACUACCACUGCCAGUGCUCUGAGCAAACUCUCACGCAGAAUCCUGGACAGCGACGGGCAACGAGUGGUUGUGCUUAUGAACAGUUGUUAUUUUCCCCCUUUCCUCAAAAGUGAGCUGAGGCUAGAAGAUUUGGAGCUUUUAAAGCUCUGCCUGUCCAAGCGCUUCGAUGAUUCCCAGAAGUCUCUUGACCUGACCAGCAUUCGCACUGAUCCAGAAUUGGUUUCUCACAAUGUUGACAUAAUCUUAAAUAGAAAAAACUGCAUGCAAGCUGUGAUCAAAAUCAUACAGGAGAGUAUCCCCGAGUUGUUGUCUUUGAACCUGAGCAAAAACAAACUGUACAAGCUAGAUGGCCUCACCGAAUUGGUGAACAAAGCCCCAAACCUGCAGUCGCUGAACCUGUCUUGUAAUGAGCUCAAGUCACAUUGUGAGCUGGACAAGGUAAAGGGCUUCAGGCUAGUGGAGCUGUGUUUGGAUGGGAACCCUCUGUGUGACCGCUUCAAAGAUCAGACCACAUACAUCAGUGCUGUUCAGAAGUGUUUCCCCAGGCUUCU